AUGGAAUUAAAUAAAUCAAAACUUCAAAAUGAUGAUAAGAAGGUGGAAAAGGAAAACUCGAGCAAGGACAGUUCAAGUCCUAGUUCAAAAGGGAUGAGGACUCGGUCAUAUUUUAAACGACCAGCUACACCAAUGGGCGGUGCAACAAGUGACAGUGGUGAGUCAGACUGCUCGCAAAUGUCCGUUGUCUCCCAGAAGUCGGUAUCAAUAACGACACGCGCACGUAAGCGUACUCGGACGACAAUUACAUCUGACCAGGCUUCAAUAGUGAAUUUGCCUGGCUCGGAUAAAGACUCCUUGGAGAAGCUAACCAAGGAGAACGCAGAUCUGCGAGCACAAAUAGCUAGCCUGAAAGAAGCGGUUGUAGAGCUAAAAAACCAGCUUAACACGCUCUCUCAGCAGGGAGGAAAAUCAGAGAUGCAAGCGUCAGCUUUAUUAGGUCUAGAUGGUUUUGCAUCGGAUGACGUGGCUCAGCUCCGACGUUCCAUUGCCAUAGAAAUCGGUGGUAUGAUGGACGCGAAAUUAGCUGCUCUAGAAGAUAGGUUGUUGCCAGAGAGGAGGCUACGCCCGGCUCUCGCCUCAGAUGCUAGGACAAUUGUGGUUUCUCCUCCAGUUCAGACGGGGGCGAAAGCCGAUAAGAAGAAAAAGAAAAAGAAAAAGAAAAUUAAGAAAAGCCAAGUAGCUAUACCAGUUGUAACAGUGUCGCCAGCGGUAUCUACACCCACUGUAUCGGUACCGAAUAAACACACUGGGAAUAUGUCUUCCCAGGAAACUUGGUCGCUAGUUGUAGGUCGAAAGGCUAAAAGAGCGAAAGCACCACAACCAGUUAAUUUAUCUCCUCAGACACAGAUCAAUUUGACGCAGAAAAAACAGCGGGUUAAAUUGCCGAAAGUUCCUACUUCCGCAGCGAUUUCUAUAUGCGUGAAAGAGGGAGCGACAGUCGGUCUUGGAGAAGUUAUGUCUGUGGCAAGGAGACAAAUCAAUAUUGUCGAACUGGGUAUAACUCCUGACUUACUGCGGGAGAAACGUGCCGCUGAUGGUGGAAUCGUUCUGAUGAUUUCUGGCGAGGACUCAGCUUCUAAAGCCGAUCGCCUUGCUAAUCGUAUGAGAGAGGUACUUGCUGACUUUGCAGUGGUGAUAAGACGGCCAAUCAAAAUGGCAGAAGCAAGGGUCAUGGAUCUGAACGAUGCCAUAACUCCAGAAGAGGUUGUUGCAGCUAUAGCGAGGGCGGGUGGAUGCUCCGUUGGGGACGUCAAGAUUGGUGAAAUCCGACGACCCCCAACUUCUUUAGGACACGUAUGGGUGCGUGGUCCUCUAACGGCUAUGAAGAAGCUGGCGUCUGACAAGCGCAUGCCACUAGGUUGGACGUCAGUAAGAGUUGAGGUACUAGAGCCACGUCGCAUGAUGUGUUACCGUUGCUUCGAGCCAGGUCACGUUCGGAGUAAGUGCACUAGUACGACGGACCGGAGCAAUCAGUGCUACGCCUGCGGUGGGGCUCACAAAGCUAGUGAGUGUACAUCACCGAAUGUAAGAUGCCCAGUUUGCUCAGAUCAGGGUCGCCAAGCCAACCAUCGUCUGGGAAGCAAGAAAUGCAACCCGCAAAAGAAACGGGCAUCCAACCAGUCUGGUAAGCCCCAAGUGACGUCGCCUGCACCGCUAGGUGCAAGCCCCGUGGAGGAAAUGGAUACGUCACAUUCCCAGCCUUGA